AUGGAUGUGAAAUCGAUAUACAUGGGGAAGUUCGGCAUGGACAUCAUAAGAUGGAAAGACGAGUGUAAAGCUAAAAAAUCGUUCGCAAUGCUACUUUCAUUUGUUUGUUAUUCUACUAGUUUUUUUCAUAGGGAUUUUGCUGUGGAGUUGUUAUCUGGACCGCAUGUUGUACUUCAUAUAAAUUUUCGCUUUCAUCAUGAGCACACUGUUGUGAUGAACUCAUGCAGUUACGGAUCGUGGGGACCAGAGGUACGUCACCAUAAUCCACUUCAUAGUCAUGAGCACUUCCAUUUGCAUAUUUACGUCCGUCAAUGUCAUUAUGAUAUUGAAGUAAACGGUCAUCACCUGGCAUCGUUUAAUCACCGAUUUCCCGCUGAAUCUGUUCAAGCGAUUGGUUUCAAGGGUGAUGUUUACAUCGAGAAAGUCAACUUCCGCGGUUUUCAUUUCCAUAGAGAUUGGAAUGAUAUCCCCGAUUAUGGUCAUUCCGGAUAUGGCGGGUACGGCACUACUGCCUACAUGCCUCCAGUGGUUCGUAUUUUAUCAUAUUUCAGAGAGAGACAACCAGUUAAUGGGUAA